AUGGCGUCUGCUCAACCUGAAGCACGCGUCCAGCUUCCUGAGAAGACUGGUGUCUCCACGGCGGCCAGUGGUGCUGAUGCCGGUGGGUCUGAAAAAUCCCAUAUCGAUCUCAAGGGUGUCGAGGAGAUUCGUCCUGAUUACGCAAUCCAGAUUUCUCUUACCAAUUCCAAACCUAAAGAUUUGGCCAAUAUCGAGAAACUGACUUCGGCCUUGGCUUCAGUUGGUCUUUAUUCACAGGUCCGUCAGGGCAAUCUUGGUAAAUCUCUUAUUCUUGUUAAAGCCAGUACUAAAUCUGUUUCUGAAAGAUCAGUUAAAUCAUUGGUCAAGGACUGGCUUCAUGAGAUUCCUACUCCUUCAAUUGAUAGUGCUCAUACUGAUGGGGCCUUGGAACUGUCUGAAUCUCUUAGUCCUUCUGAUAGAUUAAGAAUCAUCUAUGAUGCUAUUACCAAUCCACCCGAAGACGGUGGUGCGGGAGUUCGUCCUCAUUUGGGCGAAUGGUCGUUUGUUGAUAGUAUUUUUGCCCUUCAGGAUUCGGCAUUGAACCGGGAAUGGCUCAAACGUCUUUCUAAGCAAUGGAUCAUUAGAGAUAGCGAGCUGGAUUUCAUCCAGAAACAGUUCGGUGAGAAGAUCGCGCUUUAUUUUGGAUUUUUACAAUUCUAUUUCCUGUGGUCUCUUGUCCCAGCAGUUGUUGGUAUUAUCACUCAGAACUUUUUAGGUGCUUAUUCAACUGUUUAUGCUGUUAUCAAUCUUGUAUGGGGACUUUCGUUUGUUGAAGCAUGGAAACGACGUGAAGAACAAUUAUCAAUUCGUUGGGGUGUUAAAGGAACAAGUGCUAUUGAAGUUCGUAGACUGGAAUUCCAGCCUGAUAGUACUAUUCCAGAUCCUAUUACUGGUGAGUUGCGUCCUUAUUACGCCAGCUGGAAACGGAUCUUGAAGCAAGUUUCGUUUAUUCCAUUUGCACUUACGUUUAUCCUCGUGUUAGUUGCUUUCCAGUCGUCCGUAUUUGUGAUUGAGAUUUUCCUCACUCAAAUUUAUAGUGGUCCUUUCAAGCAAUUCCUUGCUUUUGUUCCCACUAUUCUGCUUGCCGGAUGUACUCCUCAAAUUUCCGCCAUUUAUACAUUUAUUGCCAAGAAAUUGAACGCUUUUGAGAAUCACGAGACUGAAGAGUCGUAUGAACUGGCCUAUACUCAGAAGCAAUUUAUUUUCAACUUUUUUGUUUCCUACAUGGGCCUCUUCUUGACUGCUUAUGUCUAUCUUCCUUUUGGUCACCUUAUUAUUCCUCACCUGGAUUCGCUCCGUCAGCUUCUACAUUUCCAUGCUGGUCAGGAGAUUCCUAUUACUGACGCGUUCGAACUCAAUAAACAUAGACUCCACCAGCAAGUUAUCUACUUUGCUAUUACCGCCCAAGUUGUUUCUUUUGCAAUGGAGACGGUUGUUCCCUAUGUCAAGAGAAUUGUAUUUGGUUAUAUCACCAAGUACACCACCGGUGAGGUUAUUUUUGAUGAUGCUCCCGAGGAAGCCAAGUUCUUGUCUCAAGUGCGUACUCAAGCUGACCUUCCCGAUUACGACGUGCAAGAGGAUUACCGUCAAAUGGUUGUCCAAUUUGGUUACACCAUUUUGUUCUCGCCAGUGUGGGCUUAUUCUCCUUUGGCCUCGUCUAUCAACGUGUGGUUCCAAAUCCGUGGUGAUGCUGCCAAGAUUUGUCUCGAUGGAAGAAGACCCGUGCCUAGAAGAGCUGAAACUAUUGGACCCUGGUUGGGCAACUUGUCGUUUUUGACCUGGUUGUCAAGUUUGACCACUGCCUCGAUCAUUGCCAUGUACUCUGCUCUUAGUAACCAUACCGAUUCUCUGCUCACUGUGGUUGACGAAAAAGCACACCACCAUCCUAUUGUUCAAGCUAAGCCCUGGACUAUUUUGGCAGUUAUUCUUAUCUCUGAACAUGGCUUCUUUGCUGCUCGUUCUCUCAUCAGCGCCAUUGUAAAGAGCAUUCCUACUAAGGAAGGUUUUGAGGCUGGAAAGAACAGAUACGACUUGCGCAAACGUCACUUGAAGAGUGAAGAGAUUAUCAACGCCAACGUCGUCAGUGAGACAAACCCAGUCGAAAAUGAGUGGAAAUCUGUCUCUAAGAGAGAGCUAUCCGACCAGAUUGAAAAGGCCUUGAUCCCUCCAAAGACUCUUAAGGACAAGAAGAAUCAAUAA